CGUCUUCCUGCGAGAGAGUGCUCAGAAUUUCAAGAUUUCAUCGAUUAUUUGAAGGAUGGCUGAUGGAAGUAAGCAGAACUACGAACAGAGGUAUGAUAGAAUAUGGGAAGAUAUUUUCUUCGUUUUUGUUCGCAAUCGAACAACUUGUGUUCUCUGUGGUUACGAGCCGUCUGUCGUAAAAAGAUACAAUCUCAAAAGACAUUAUAGAGUCAAACAUUCCGGACAAUAUUCUAGUUAUACGUCUGAGGAAAAAUUAAAAAUUCUUGAAGGUUUAAAAUUAGUUUAUCAGGCAGAUAAUUCUUCUGAUUUAUUAAUUUCUAACGCCGGUAACAAUAAUGCAAAAGCUUUGGCUGCAUCAUACGCUAUUUCGUUCCUCAUCGCGAAGCAUUCCAAAUCGUUUAGUGAUGGUGAAUUUAUAAAAAACUGUCUCGUUGAGACAGUAAAAUCCUUUGACGGUAAAUUGACAGUUGACGAAGUUACGAGUAUUCCGCUUAGCCAUCAAACAGUAGGACGUAGAAUUACUAAUAUUGCAUUAUCUAUUGAAGAUAGAUUAAAAUCUUUGUUAGCAACUUGUUCGUACUUCUCAUUGUGUCUUGAUGAAAGCACCGAUAAUCGACACGUGAGCCAGUUGAGUAUUUUUAUUCGAAUCGUCCAAAACGAUUUCUCAUGUGUCGAGGAGCUUUUAGACUUUGUUGCUUUGCAUGAUACAACUAUGGGUAUAGAUAUCUUCAGAGCUGUAGAAAAAACUCUCAAUAAAUUUAAUUUAGAUUUUACAAAAUGUUCGUCUAUAAUAACAGAUGGUGCCAAAGCGAUGACAGGUUCAAAAAAUGGAUUCCUCGGUCAGAUCAGACAGCGAGAUUUAAAAUUUCCGAUGAUUCAUUGUAUUAUUCAUCAAGAAGCGUUAUGCGGGAAAACUGUUAAACUUAGUAGUGCUAUGCAAACGGUAACGCAAAUUGUUAAUUUUAUUAAAGGUGGUCAUAAAUUUCUUUCCCAUCGCAAGUUUCAACACUUUCUCGAAGAGCAUAACGCAACUUAUACCGAUCUCCCUUUAUAUUGCGAGGUCCGCUGGCUUAGUGCCGGAAAAUGUUUAGAGAAAUUUUUUGCAAUAAGAAAAGAAAUCUUCCUUUUCUUGCAAGAAAUAUCUGUUGCAAAAUGCGACGAAUAUAAAUUUUUUCUAGAAGAUUUAGAAUUUCUCAGUGAGCUCGCUUUUAUUACUGAUUUGACUAACCAUUUAAAUAUUUUAAAUUUGAAGCUUCAAAGACCGAAUCAAGUUAUUUCUCAAUUAGUUAGCGCCAUUGAUUCUUUCCGUAGACAGUUAUUAUUAUUUAAAAAUCAUAUAGUGACAGAUAAUUUACAUUUUUUCCCAUCUUGUCAAGUUCUUUUCGAAGAGCAUGGCAAAAGUUGCAAUUUUCAGAAGCAUCUCCAGUUAAUCGAUUCACUUAUUAGUCAAUUUAAUACACGGUUUAGUGAUUUUGAAAUGUUGAGAAAUGAUCUUAUUCUUCUCGAGAAUCCUUUUACUGCGCAAAUCGAAGAGCAAAAUAUAGAAUUGCAACAGGAACUUUGUGAUUUACAAUCUGAACUUUCCCUUAAAACGCGACCGGAAAAAGGAAUAGAAGUUUUUAAAAUUUUAGACGUAGCGACUUAUCCGAGGCUUAGAAAUUUCGGUCUUCGAUUUUUUUCUAUGUUUGGCUCGACUUACUUAUGUGAAUGCUCUUUUUCAAAAAUGAAAUAUAUAAAAACCGACAGACGCUCUUGUUUGAAUGCAUCAUUAUCUUCGUUGAUGCGAAUAAGUACUUCAAAUAUUGAAAUAGAUGUUCCAUCUGUUAUCGAAUCGUACGAACGGCGUAGUCGCACAAAAUUUUAA